GAGAAAUGAGCUUCAAAUGCCCGCUUUGUGAUAUGCCUAUCGAGUCGCAGGAAAAGUUGCACCAACACAUCAAGGUCACCCACAGUCAUUACUACUACGAUACGUAUCUGUUUCCGCCGGAAAUGCUAUUCCCGGGUGCAUCGGCGAGCACCACGGUCAAUGUGGAGGGCGUCAUAAGCAACGAACCGCUCUCCACCCCGGAAGUGACCAUCGAACCGACGGAGGAGGAAUGCUGUUCGUGCUGUGCGUACGACGAGUCAGGCCCGGGCGGUGACUGUGGGUUUUGCGACUGCGAGGACGAUGGACAGGGCGAGUGUGAUGACUGUCUGGUGAUGUAAGUGGCGUUCGAUACACUUCCGGCACCGGAACGGAGCCAGGCCGACGGUGCCCGUCCACGCGGCCAUCGCUGUAACACUGCGAAUGGUGUGUGGAAGGUGGCGUUCAGCAGGAAUGUGUUUUUUUAGCUCACAAGGACACACAAAUCACGGAACCUUAAUGCUGCUUACCGGUUCCGGUAUCUCGAAGGAACGGAAGCGUGCGCAAAAAUGCUCCCAGCCGAAGCGGAUGUUACCACCGAAGCUUUCCGUUUUCUUGUCCCCGAUUCGCGCUGACCUAACUUGAACUCCUGAGAGGACACCCGCGCCAGCAGCAACCCACCGGAAACCAAACAAAACAGAAAUAUGAGAUAAGAAGACCCAGCAUCUUUCGGAGUCCAUCGAUUGUGAUUUGAUCGCGCACACAAAGUUAACGACCCUGGUAAGAGACUGGGGAUCCAAUCGUAGUGACUGAAUGCCAACGUUAAACCGAUAAGCAACGAGCGCUGGCGCAUAGGGACCCCGAGUGCUGGGCUCCCGACUGGAACCGGAAUCGUUAACAAAAUUUACAGAGCCCCCGGCAGCGUCUAUUUCAAUGUCUUCGGUCGCUCUUUGAGCGGACGCUUUCCCGUAUGCUUUUUUAGUAGUUUUUUGACUCCUGGCACGCGGCGACAGAAGGCGAUAUUUAGACGUUAGCGCACGGCCUCGUAUUUUAGGUGUAGUACCGCGAAACAAGCAAUGCUCAUACUUUAGUCAAUACGAAAUGGUGAUAUGAAACGCUAUAGGAUGGUGGAAUUAACAGAGAAAAAACAAAAACAAAUGUGGGCACAAUGUUGCAUAGUAGAGACAUAAGCAAUCGUACGCUUCUGAUAGAAUCCGAACCCGAGGCCGUCAUCACCGUGCGAAUACUCAGCAGACGCAGCCACAAGCCCGGGGCGGAUCGGACGGCGGGAAGAAGCGGUAUGAGUGUAGUUACCUGUACGUUUCAGUUCCGGUGUGCCACGAGCAAACGCGGCCCUUAGCUUAGCACGUAAUAUCGUAGAGUACAAGACUGUAGCCCAAACCGAUGUCUGAUAGCGGAUGGAAUUGUCGCCACGAAUUAUACUCACCGUACUUUUGAUUAGGUGUGUAGAGCCGGCACUAGCGAUGUUAAUGUUAUCGUUAUCGUUUAAGGAUUAUCUAGCAAAACAUGAACAAAAGCAAACCCACGCCUGGAUGCGCGUGUUUCGAAGAGUUUUAUACGAAUGUUGUAACCUAUAGACUGCCUCCGCUUAGCGACUGAAAGCCCUUUCCUGUUUUCCCGUAGGUCUUCCGAUUCUGAAAAGAAAGUUAAGAACAUUAUUGAGCCGACUUAUGAGUUCCAGUUUUCGUGCAAACGUUUUAAAGUAUCGCAGGAAAGGAAACCAUUCCCCACCGUCCUUAGUGCUGGAUGUUUCGAAUCCACGUUUUAAAUCGCCAUCAGAAGCUCGAGUUUUGCGAAACAGGGUCUUCGAGGUACCAUUUUACGACGUGGCGUUUAGUUUACCGAAGUUGUUUAGCGAGCUCCCAGCCGCUGAUGGUAGAUGAGUUGUAGUACAGAAAGUCGUAGAAGAAACUGCACAAAUCGCUAGUACCGAUCCGUAGAGAAUGGACAACACAAUCGCUUCGGAAUCGGACAGUUGAGAAAAAGGUUACAUUAUCAGCACCCUAGAGAAAUAGAGAGAAAGUAGUAGCGAAGUUCUAGGAUGCAACCUCUAGCA